AUGAAUUCUGUAGACCAGCCAGAGAAUGAAAAGAUACAUUUUCUACUGGUUGUUCAUAUUUCACCUGUACAAAGGAGUGGGCAAACCUGCGACGCAUGUGCAGCUUAUUAUGAGGGAAGUGCAUGUGAUAGUUGCAUACCUGGUAAAUAUGGCACACGAUGUCAGCAAAACUGUGAAAGCUCAAAUUGCCGCUGUAGAAAUUCACAUACAUGUGUCUCAUGCGUUUCUGGUUUCUAUGGUACUGCCUGCAAUACACCAUGUGCUCAAGGUUGCCUUGAUAACAUAUGUGCAGGAAAUGGAGACUGUACUUCACCAGCGAACGAACGUACAUACUACAACGAAGGACAAAUUAGGAGAGCUUCUACAAAAUCUCAUUCAAGUGGUAUCCAGCCGCCAGCAAACAAACCCAUUCUCAUCAAGCAGCACGCGGUUGCAAAUGUGGGGACAGCAUCUGAACACGAUAUUGAUCUGGAUAUAGAUGAUGAAAGCAAUGAAGUUCUUGAGAAUUCAUCCAAAGAUGAUCAAACGUACUACAAUGAAGCUGGUUUGUCAACUAAUAAGUCAAUGAUACCGGCUGGUCAGCUCGUCAAGUAUGUAGAUGGAAAAACUCAUGAAGCAUAUAGUGCAGAAUUUGAGAAUUUUUCUCCUGGUCUUGUAAAGCCCUAUGUGGUAUCACAGAAGAGGGAGAACGUGACCAAGAAUAGAUACAAAGGAAUUUAUCCAUACGAUGACUCAAGAGUAAAGGUCACAGUCAGUGGUGGUUCAGAUUACGUAAAUGCCAGCUUUAUUGACGGAUAUAAAGGGCCGAAUCAGUAUAUUGCGACAUUAGGUCCAAUGUCCCAACAGUUAGGUGAUUUCAGCCUGUUCUGGAAAAUGAUUUGGCAACAAAGAGUCGAGAAGAUUGUCAUGGUUACCAAUCUCAUUGAACAGGGAUCUCCUAAAUGCGAGCAGUACUGGCCAAACCCUGGCACAGCUAGGAUGUAUGAUGAUAUGAAGGUGGAGAGCCGAUCGGAGGAUGAGUAUGCCGAUUUUACACGGAGGACUUUCACUGUCACAAUGGGAUCGAAAGAAAGGACGUUGCACCAUCUGCAUUUCACGUGUUGGCCUGACAAGGCGAUACCCGACGAUGUUACGUCGAUGAAAGAGUUCAGACAGCGUGUUCUGAUUACGCCGAGUACACUGAAUGGACCAACGGUUGUACAUUGCAGCGCUGGUGUCGGAAGAACAGGCACCUACAUUGCACUGGACAUUCUGACGAAACAAGGUGAAGCAGAGAAAGCCAUUGACAUCUCCGGGUGCGUCCAUAAAAUGCGACAGAACAGGCCGAAUAUGGUCCAGACAUUGGGACAGUAUCAGUUUCUGCACACCGCCGUGGUUUAUUCACUAACAUUCGACUGCAAACAAAUCAAGGGAGAGAACUUCAACGAGUACAUGAACAAACAUACAACACGAGUACUAAAUAAACAGUUUGAGCUACUACAGCAUACGAUUGAGACACGAUCUAAAGAUGAAAUAGAAGCAGUUGAACGAAAUAAACACCACCUGAGUAAAAACAGAGCAAACGCCGAUAUUCCGGGUAAUGAAAACAGACCAAGACUUUACCUGAAUCUAAAACCUGGAGCGUCAGACUACAUCAAUGCUGUGUAUAUUCAUAGCUUCAGAAUGAAGAAACGCUACCUGGUAGCACAAACUCCACUUCCAGAGACGGUUAUCGACUUUUUGACACUAGCUGUCCAAGAGAGGUGUUCGUGUAUCGUCAGCUUCGAAGCUGACAUGGACAAACAAAAGAAUAUUGGAAUAUACUACCCUGCGGCCAACCAAGAAGUUUUGAAAAAGGAAACAUUCCAAGUCAGCUGCUCAAGAGAGGAAAAUAAAACAUUCUACGCAGAACGAACAUUGACAAUACAGCACAAAGGGACGAGCACUGAUCGAACCAUUCCACAUCUUCAAUUUACUGACUGGGAUGAAAUGGAGAACAUACCACGGUCAACCACAAAGUUCCUGUCAUUUCUGAACGUGAUAGAUAAUGUCAUGAAGCAGCAGGACGACGGACCGAUAUUGGUCCAUUGUGUUGACGGUGCGGGCAAGAGCGGUCUGUUCUGUGUGGUUUCGUUGCUUCUCCACAAAAUGGCCGUGGAACAUGAAGUCAGUGUACUUAACGCUGUAAGGAAGGUCAAAACCACGCGAAGGCUAGCAAUUCCAAAUCAGGAACAAUUUGUGUUCUGUCAUGGAUGCGUCUUGGAAUAUCUUCGUUCGUUCGACGUCUACGCCAACUUUAACGAUGACACCGGGCAACUUUAA